GACACAGCAGUUGCUGUCAGAAAACGAGUGAUUCGAAUUCUAAAAGAAGUUGUACAUCUUCGACCGAAGUUUGAAAAAUCUCCUCAAAUUAUUUAUGUAAUUAUUCAAAGAAUUAAUGAUGAAGAAGGAGUUAAGAAAAUGUGUAUUGAGGUUUUUCAACAGCUUUGGAUGAUUCCAACCCGUGAUGCUGCUAAAUUGGAUGAGAAGGUUCGCCUUCUUGUUGAGACAGCAGUUUUUAGCAUAGGGGAGCAAUCUGAAGAUUAUAUUGGAACAUUAAUUACAUUGUUAGUUAAAAAUUCUCAAGAGCAAGAUAUUAUUAUUGCCUCUAAACAAAUAGUUGACGCUUUAGUAAAUUAUGUUUUGAAUUUAGAGAAAGAGUCUGUUCGAGAUCAAGGAUUGGGUGAAGUAAGUCUAGUUAAAUCAACACAGGAUUACCAGACACGAUUAUCUGCAACAUUAACUAUUCUAUCUUUCUUUGCCAAAGCACGUUCAGAAUUACUGAUAGGCCACAUCGAAGUUUUUAUCCCAUAUUUGUCCAUUUCAAGUUCCUCACCUUUACAAGACCAACUGCUUAGCAAAAUAAUUGAAAUGUUGCAAGAGAUUAUUCCAAUGAUGGACAGUUAUAAUACCUCACAAACACUUAUUCGACAAUUAGAUACACGAUUAAGCGAUAUUGUUAAAGAGGGUGGUUGUACGAAUUUGAUUGACAGCGCUAUAUCCUGUAUGGCUGAAAUUCAAUUAAAGUUUUUACAAAAUGAGGAGCAACCGAGCAUUUGUCGACUUUUCAUCGUUUUUUACAGUUUAAUAUCUCAAAAAACAAAAACCUGAAUUGAAACUUGAUGAACGAAGUAAUAAUUCGACAUCGUCUACGUCUAAUACUGAAGAUAAACUUCGAAUACUAUGCCAGGUACUAUAUUCAAUUGGAUCGAUGUGCCGUUACUUUGAUUUUGAUAUUCUUUUAAAAAAUGAACAACGGGACCUUUUUAUUGAUAUUAAUCCUGCUAGUGAAUCUAACGAACAAGAACACAUAGUUAGAAAUUCUGUUUUUUCAAUUCUUGUU